GAGGAAUACACCGAUUCCCACCUACUUCGAUACGGCGGAUCUCUGCUGAACCGCCAAAAAAAUAUAUGUUCCAGGGGCCAGGGGCCAAGGCCUCCCCCCCGGUCUAACUUUUUGAGGGGGGCCUCCCGCCCCUGACCCAUUUUCCUCAGGGGCGCCCGGGCUGGAAGGCCUCCAAAUGCCCACCUCCGACCCCUUCCCGCUUCUUGCCUGGAUCCUACAGAGCCCCCAUCCCUGUGGGCGCCGAAGGCCGGGGGUGCAAGGCUUCCGAAGGUGGCAAGGCUGGGCCCCCUUUGGCUUGUUGUGGCUUGUUGCAUGUGCCCCAGAGGCCUCCAGGGUGCGGGUUCCUCACUGGGGGGGCCUCUUGGGAGGUGAAAGGCCUCCGACGAAGCAGGUGGCAAGGCUUGACCCCUCUCGCCGUGCUGCAUGUAUCCGACAGAACCCAGGCGGGCACGCCGCCUUGCCCUCACUCCUCCCCGCCUUUGGUCCUCAACCCCCCCGGCGUUUCUUUGGUGGAGGCGGACGAGGGCCAAAGGGGCCAGGCCUCGCGACCGUCGCCGCCUUCGGCGGCCUUCUUCCCCCGGAGGCCGUCCCCCUGAUAAGGUCCAAGAGUCGGGACGCCUGUCGGGUACACGCGGAGAGCCGCCAGGAGCCUCCGGCUCCGCCUUUUGGGGCCUUGGCUCCCGGAGGUCUUUACAUGUCACCACCGCGGAAAAAAGGGCGCGCGGGCGCCACCACCGCGCCAUCCACGGGGGGGAGCCUCCACCCCUGGAACAUAUAUAAACAUCCCGCACCACGCAAAUCUCACUUAUUUUUGCCUUUCAGCAUGACUGAGCGAUUACAUUACUGCCAUGGACAUGGUAGGUGAUUUCUCCCUAGAAGAAAGAGCUGCGGCCAAGGCUGCGGUCGCCAGCAUGGUGCGAAGGGUUUCUGCCUUUACGUCGCCAACAAAACCGACAACAACUUUGUUACAGGACUCGCCUCGUCGCAAGAGCAGCACCUCUCGCCGAGCUCGAGCGGAGACGCGUAGAAGUCUCCUGUGAAUAUCUACAUCAACUAAGUCAUUGCAGACGAGUGCUGUGUAAAGAAUUUUGUUCGCUGACGAAGACGAUGACUUCAUGUCGCUUAUCUUCUACUUAUUGAUUGCUGCUUCUAGACCUAGUGUCAUCUUUCAUCUUAUGCAGGUAAUCCGGACUACGACAACGCUCAAGGUGUCUUCACAGGGCGGGGCAUUGAGCGUCGAGGCAUACAGAAGGCCGAUGCGAACGAAGAUGAGAGGAGGAUGUGGGCUAUCGCGUUUUCGGACCAGGACAGGUGUAAUCUUGGAGGCGAACAAGACCCGUGCGUGAGGCCGUGCUUCUCCCGAAAACCAAAGGAGCAACGAUCAUCACGUGAGAGAAAGCGACACGCUGAUUCCAGACGAGGGCGGCACAGGAGGCCAAGGAAUCGGCACACGAACAACGUACAGCUCCCCAAAUUUUUCAGGGUAUCUCAACGAUACCUGGGUAUCAUGAUUUUUAAUCGAAGUCCGGUAGACACAGAAAAAGUUGAUAUACUGAAUCUGAAAAAAGUUGAUGAAGAUUGGGCACGCUAUGCUCUACUUCUACGUCCAGGCGCAUGGGCAUGGCACGACUUCGUGGGGCUCGCUGCGACGCAGAGUCCGGAGACUGAGAAUCGGUUUCAGCCCUGAACGACCGCUCCGGCCAGAAAAAGGUUAUGUAGUUGACAGUCCUCGGAGUAUGGUCUUCGUGUCGUCACCCAAAAUCGGCUACCGCAAUGUUUGUAAACUCCUGUCAGAAAGCGGAACAACGACGCGCAGUACUAGCAGUAGCUGUUCGCGAUCCCCAGAAGGCGUGGAUUCUACUUGGCGUUGGCUGUCGUCCCCAGCAUUUGUUGCUUCGCCA